AUGUCGUCAAAGAAAAGGGAAACUUCCGCCAUCAACAAACGGAAGAUAGCAGAUUCACCAGAUUCACGUAUUAAAGAAAAGCAACCUCGGGUGAGCGAAGAAGUCAUAAAAGAAAGCUUCCUGCAGCACAGACUGGCCUUCAUCAAUGACUGGAGAGGCGAUAUCCCGGAACUGCACUUCGCCGCGCAGUUCGCCGACCUGGAGGUGUGCCAGUUCCUGGUGAAGGGGGGCGCCAACGUCAGCGACAAGUGUGGAAAUGGCAAAACUCCUCUCCACUAUGCCAUAAAAAACAAAACGUGUUCCUUUCCAAUCGUCGAAUUCCUCGCGUCCAAGAUAGUGAAAGAGAGGUGCGAUUACUGGCGUUCCCUCAUUUUCAUCGCACUCGAUGAUCAGAACUACCGCACGGCCGAGCUUCUAUCGAAACUGUUUGAUGAGGAGAAUGAGUACAACCUGCUCCGAUUUUGCAUCAAGGAGAACAACCUGAAUUAUGCCAAGUCCGUUCACGACUUCUACCCUGAUUUAAUGGAAAUGAGGGACGGAUAUGGCAAUGAUAUGAUUCUGUUCGCGGCGAAGCAUGCUGGAAAGGAGAUGUUCCGAUGGUUGCUGGAAGAAGCAGAUCCUUCCUCUGAUAUGUGGAAGAAAUUCGUCCUGCACAACGCAGCCGUCAACAUGGAGCACGGUGCCGAAAUUAUCUCCUUCCUGAGCUCCAAAAAUAUCCAACUGAACUACAAUGCAAAGAACAAAGUGGGAAAACGGCCCGUGAUGUACGCCCUGGAACUGGAAAACAUCGGUGCCGCGGAGGAACUGGUCGAGCGAGGCGCUGAAAUCGAAUUUGACUGGAAGGAUCAACCCUUACUCAACUACCUAGUGGGCAUUGCUAAGGUCAAGAGUGUGGAGUUCAUCUGUGAGAAAAUUUACAGGGAAGGUAGCAUGGGUGUAGAUUUUGGCGCCAUUCACGUUGCGGCAGGGGUAGCCACGCUUGACCAGUUCAGAAAUCUUGUAGAGGCAUUGGGCGUCGAAUGUCUGAGGAAAAGAACCAGAGUGUACGAUCGCACGGUCCUGGAUUGCGCUGCCAAUAACCACGAGCACGGAAUCGAAAUCAUCAAAUACAUUUUGGAAAAGGAUAUGCAAUUUCAACUCUUGAGAUUGAGGAGCCCUCUUAAGGGUCCCCUGUACUACGCCCUGGGGGAUGAAAACAUUUGCAUAGCGGAUUAUUUGAGAAGUAAAGGUGCCAAAAAAAUCGACACGAAUUGCGUUGAUGACCUUCUUGACAAGCUGAUGCGCGAGGGAGAAAUGAGCACUCUGUAUUAUAUUUUUGACAAUAAUCUGGUUGACGCGGAAGUGUAUCAACUCAUCCACGCGGCGGCCAAAUUCGCCAGCCGUAGCAGGGAAAUGCGCGCCAAUUUCACGGUUAUGAAGGAAAACUGCAAUUUUUUGCAACACUGCGUGAAAUUCGGAUAUGUGAAGAGCGCGAAAAUUGUCUACGAAGUGGACAAACAAUUGAUGAAGAAAGUUGACGAGGAUGGAAGAAACAUGAUGCAUUUGGCCGCUCAACACGCUUUUCUUGGAUUGUUCCUGUGGGUUUCUCAACAAUGCAGCGGCAAAAAAUACAAAAUCAGUGUCAACAAGAAAACGCUUGCUACGACUUUGCACUACGCCGCGUUGAACAAGUUUUAUGGAAGGGAAAUCAUCAAACACAUUCACAAAUCAAUGGGCGUGGCAGUCGACCUCUUCGACGCGAAUAAUGAAACUCCGCUACAUUACGCACUCAGAGCUGAACUCCUGACGGGCGUGGCCCACGAGCUGCUUCAGUGCGACGCAAACAUCAGGCUGAAGGGGAAAAGAGGGAUGAAUUAUCUCCACUUCUGCGUCGUCGAGGACAAACUGAACAGUGCCAAGUUUCUUCUCUCGAAGGAAAAGACUCUGUUGAGGGAAAAGACAGAGGACGGCAGAAACGCGCUCCACCUUGCUGCUGAGUUCGCAAGCCGCAAAAUGUGUGAUUGGCUUAUCGACCAGGGUCUUGACCCCAAUGAACUGACCGCCGAUGGAAAAUCUGUGCUUCACUUUGCUCGAGAUGAAGAUCUGAAGGAAUACUUUUGUUCCUUGUUGGUAAAAGAUGUUCGCUCUACGGAAGACAAUGCUUAA